AUGUCCACACUCGAACACACCAAGAAGGUCUACACUCUCAACACCGGGGACAAGAUUCCCGCUAUCGGUCUUGGUACCUGGCAGUCCAAGCCCAAUGAGGUCCGCGAGGCCGUCAAGAACGCCCUUCUGAAGGGUUACCGUCACAUUGACACUGCCCUUGCCUAUGGUAACGAGGCCGAAGUUGGUGCCGGAAUCAGAGACUCCGGUGUGCCUCGUAGCGAGAUCUGGAUCACCACCAAGCUCGACAACACCUGGCACCACCGUGUGCAGGAGGGUAUUGAUUCCUCCCUCAAGAGUCUCGGCACGGACUAUGUCGACCUCUACCUCGUCCACUGGCCCAGCUCCACCGACCCCAACGACAAGUCGAAGCAUCUCCCCGACUGGGACUUUAUCAAGACCUGGUACGAACUACGCCUACCAUUUCCCAAUACAGAACGUCAUGCUAACAAUAUACCAGGCAAGAAAUGCAGAAGCUUCCUGCCACCGGCAAGGUCCGUAACAUUGGGUGUCUCCAACUUCGGUAUCAAGAACCUUGAGAAGCUCCUCAACGACCCUAGCUGCAAGAUCGUCCCCGCUGUGAACCAGAUCGAGCUGCAUCCCAACAACCCCUCGCCCAAGCUGGUGGCGUACAACACCUCCAAGGGCAUCCACUCGACCGGCUACUCCUGUCUUGGCUCCACGGACUCCCCUCUCUACAAGGACCCUACUCUUCUGCAGCUCGCGGAGAAGAAGGGCAAGACCCCGCAGCAGGUCCUGCUCCAGUGGGGUAUCCAGAAGGGCUGGAGUGUCAUCCCCAAGUCUGUCAACAAGGCUCGCAUUGACGCCAACUUUGAGCUUGAUGGCUGGGAUCUGACUGCCGAUGAGAUCAACCAGCUGGACAACCUGAAGGACCGUUUCAAGGUCUGCGGUGACAGCUGGCUCCCCGUCAAGGUUUUCUUUGGUGAUGAUGAGUAA